AUGCAGGUCACACGCGCCCGCGCGUCGAUCCUAACCCUCCCCCAUGGCACCGUCAACCUCCCCAUAUUCAUGCCCGUGGCCACCCAGGCAUCGCUAAAGGGCCUCACUCCCGAACAACUCGAGGCCACCGGAUGCCGACUCUGUCUGAACAACACCUACCACCUCGGCCUUAAGCCCGGCCAGGAGGUCCUCGACGCAGUUGGAGGCGCCCACAAACUCCAAGGAUGGAACCGCAACAUCCUGACAGAUAGCGGCGGUUUCCAAAUGGUCUCCUUGCUGAAGCUCGCCAACAUUACCGAGGAGGGCGUGCGCUUCCUCUCGCCGCACGACGGCAGCCCGAUGCUUCUGACCCCGGAGCACUCCAUGAGCCUGCAGAACUCGAUUGGCUCCGACAUCAUGAUGCAGCUCGACGAUGUGCUCGUCACCACCUCCCCAGACAAGGCGCGCAUGCGCGAGGCCAUGGAGCGGAGCGUGCGCUGGCUAGAUCGAUGUAUCGCCGCGCACAAGAAGCCAGACACACAGAACCUGUUUUGCAUCAUCCAGGGUGGUCUGGACCUUGAUAUGCGCCGCGAGUGCUGUCGCGAGAUGCUGGCGAGGGACACACCCGGGAUCGCGAUCGGCGGGUUGAGCGGAGGCGAGGCGAAGGACGACUUUUGCAAAGUUGUUUCCACCUGCACCGAAAUGCUGCCGGAUCUGAAGCCGCGGUAUGUGAUGGGUAUCGGAUAUCCGGAGGACCUGAUCGUCAGCGUGGCGCUGGGGGCCGACAUGUUCGACUGUGUCUGGCCGACACGGACGGCACGGUUCGGCAACGCCAUCACCAAACACGGCGUGCUCAACAUGAAGAGGGAGAUGUACGCGGCAGACUUUGGGCCCAUUGAAGACGGCUGCGGAUGUCCAUGUUGCCGGCCCACUGAGGAAGAAGGGGCCAUGGGGAUCACAAGGGCGUUUGUGCACCACAAUGCGGCCAAGGAGACGGUCGCGGCGCAUCUGCUAACGUUGCACAACGUGUGGUACCAACUGAAUCUGAUGAGGGGCGCGAGGGAAGCAGUCAUCGAGGACAGAUAUCCGGCGUUUGUGAAGGAGUUCUUUGGUAACUUGUACCCGGAUAGAAAUGACUACCCGUUAUGGGCUGUUAAUGCCCUGAAAGAGGUUGGCGUUGACUUGCUAGAAAUAUAG